UACAUGUUUGAUGCCAUGUCGCUGUAGUGUUAGAUAGAAAGCACCAAUUAAAGUGGAACCGGGGUGUGGGGCCCUCACCAUGGAAACCCAAUGAAAGGAAGUGUCUUGGUGAGGCCUUGCAUGCUGCUUGCUUAAUAAUCAGGGGGAUCCCUCAAGAAGCUAAGCAAUUAGAGAAAAUUUAUCGAUGAUGAUUCGAUUAAAUAAUCGCCAAAGAAGAGUGAAGGAGGCACAAGCUAGAGCUAGAAGAGGGAGGAGAGAGCUCAUGUUAAAAGCCCUACUAAACACCAACCAACCAUUUGCACACCCAGCUGCGCAGCAUGAUAUGUCAUAUGCAUAGAUUGCUAGCUUGAUAUGUCAUAUGUUAUAACCACAUACAACUUGCAUCAACCACAUAACCUCCGCGUUGCGUUGGUGCGUGUGCAUAGCUAGCUAUAGCGUUAUUAAGCUAGUACUAUAGCUAUAACUAGUGAAUCAUAUCUAGCAUGGGGCAUCACUCCUGCUGCAACCAGCAGAAGGUGAAGAGGGGGCUCUGGUCCCCUGAGGAAGAUGAAAAGCUCAUCAGAUACAUCACCACCCAUGGCUAUGGCUGCUGGAGCGAGGUCCCCGAGAAAGCUGGUCUACAACGGUGUGGGAAGAGCUGCCGGCUGCGGUGGAUCAACUACCUCAGACCGGACAUCAGGCGAGGGCGGUUCACGGCGGAGGAGGAGAAGCUGAUCAUCAGCCUCCACGCCAUUGUUGGCAACAGGUGGGCCCACAUUGCCAGCCACUUGCCGGGCCGGACGGACAACGAGAUCAAGAACUACUGGAAUUCAUGGAUCAAGAAGAAGAUCCGGAAGCCAGCGAUGAGCACGACGAGCUCGUCGGUGACAACGGCGAGCCCUCCGUGCAGCACGGUGGCGUCGGACGCGGCGCUUGUUGGUCACCUGCAGACGCCGUUCAGCGCGGCGGCCGAGCACCAGCUCGACGCCUUCCUCAGCCAGAGCCUAGCCUUGCCACCGCCGAAGAUGCAGGUCGGCUCCGGCGGCGGCCAAGAGUCCCCGCCGGCGGCGCCGUUGCCUCCGCACUGCCCCUUCUUCAUGUUCGACACGAGCGUCAGCGUCAGCCCACCAUCGUCGCUGACGUCGCCGGCGGCGGCGACACACCAGCUGCCGCACCACCCGUUCCUCACCUUCACUGCGGCGGCGAUGGACGACUCGCCGAUAAGCUACCAUCUGCCUCCCUUGGUGGACAGCAUGGGAAUGGCCAUGGCAGCCAUGGACUGCGGUGGUCUAGGCGAGGAAAGCAGAGGCCAUUAUCGUGAGGCCGCCGGCAACAACAAUGGCCAAGCGGCGGCCGGCAUGGCGAACGGCGGCGGUGGCUGCUGCUACGGGCAGAUCAAGGAGCAGGAGCCGCCGGCGCUAGGGCAGGACCAGUGGGACGACGAGUCGGCGCAGCACCUGCUGAUGUGGGACGAUGAUGACCAAGAACUAACACCGUCCAACCUGGAAGCCAUGGAAAGUACAGCUCACUCCCUCCUUUUUAUGGGACCAAAUGACCAUGCAUGAUGAAAAGCUAGCUUGGUGUGCAUGCAUGCAUCUCUCUCUUAGCUUGCUUCUUGAUCUGAUCUACCUUCUAGCUCGAUCUCACCCAAUCUGCUGAUCUGUCCAUACAUGAAAUAAUGAGGUUUUCCAAGGCGCAUAAUUUAUUCUGUUGGAUAUUUCAUUUUUUUUUCCCAUUUUGAUUUAACCUUUUUUUUUGUUUUUGGUUUGGACUUUGGAGUGAAGACUAAAAAGAGAUGAGUGUGUUAAUUGGGUUUUUGUAAAGAGGAUUUGCAUGCAUCAUCCAUGCAUAUGUUCAUGCAUGCAUGUGUUGCAUGGCCUUGCGCUUGGAGUGUAAUUUGAUUGAUGUAUCUAAGUGAAUUUAAAAUAAGCAAGAUGACACAAAAGAGAAGUAAAGAAAAGGAGCCAUGGCCUUUUCCGCUU